AGAUGGGACAAGGGGCAGAGCCAGCUGGAACAUGGAUGCCAGAGGCUGCCUCCGUAGUGCAUCUCCAGAAGUCACAGAGGCCCUGAGCGCCCAGAGCUACCUGAGCCACCUGGCCUGGAAGCCCCUGCGCAGGCCAGACCUGCAGGCCAUGGACCCCAGCAGGAACCGAAGCCUCACCCCAAGCCUUCGCACACAAGGAGCAGCCCAGGUGAGGGAUGGCGGACGCACCUGUGGCUCUGCUGGCGCAAGAAGGGAACCGUGGUCCAAGAAGCUGACAGAGAGGAAGCAGUGCAUUGGUGAAGGCAACGUUAGGUGUGAUUUCCAUUCCUGCUGGGAGAUGCAGGCCAUAGCCCGGGAGCUUCGUCCAGCCUGUGGAUGGAGCCUGACUGCUUGCAGAUGGAACUUCUGUGUCCUCCCACCCUUGGUGGUCUAAGGUUAUUGCUCUCAGAGCUGAAUUGACAGGAGGUGUGUGUGUGCACACUCACUUGUGUGCACAUGCCUGCGUUUAUGUGUGUUUUCACUCAACCAGAAGAGCAAUUCAUGGGAUUUAGCCAUUUUGAGGCACCUAGAAGUUGAGGCAGUUAGAUGUGCAGCCAGGUGUGAAUGUAACGUGCACCAUUGUAUAAAGGAGGUGACUCAGUUGCUGCAGGGAGGAUUGGGUUGUCUGGAAGUAUUAGUUCAUUUUAUAUUUGUGUCAGAAGAAAUGUCUGACUUCGGGGCAGAUGACAUAGUGGCUGCGGACCAGGCAUGGUUCCCUAGGUUGAAAUCAGGGAAAAGCUAAUACUGUCAGACAGGUAUGCUUUUUCUUUGGUGGCUGCAGGGUUUCUGCUGGAAAAUGCACUAUUAAUCAGCACUUGUCCGAGAAAGACCCAUCCGUUUCUGUUGUCAUUCAAGCCACAGUUCCUGAUUUACUCAGACAAGAUACGGGGCCAGUUCAAUGUCUCUAGCUGAGCCUGACCUUGGGGUUUGCGUCUCAAGUCUGAAAUCUUGUUCAGUCCUCUGUGCAUAGUUUUGUCUCAUUUUAAUGACUGCAUCUUCUUGGUACAUUUAUUAUACUCAGAACUGAAUGGCACACAAUAGCCUUGUGUUAAUAAAAGCUACCGUGGCGCUAUGGGUGAACUGCUGGGUUGAAGUCCGAUGGACUCUAUGAUGCAGGUAUCCAGAAAUAUGUUGUAACUCUACCUGCCUCCCUGCCAACCUGGCCUCCUCCUCUGGGGGAGCUCCUGGCAUGGUCCCAGUGUUGACCUGCAUGGGAACAACAGCUGCAUGGGCCAACUGUUUUGGAUCUAAAGAUGUGCAGUGAAACUCAGAUUCACAUCCCUCAUGUUUAUUUGGGUCAUCAUAGUUUUGCAUGUUGUAUAUAUGUCUGGAGCACUUCAUACACCUCUGUCCACCACAGACACUCUUAAUCACAGUUCUGUAAUAAUAAGGCAAACUAUACAGCAAAGAGAAGCAUGUAAAUAUGUACCAAUUCUUAUGAAGUUGUAAUUGUUUAUAUGUAAAACUUAUGUAUAUAGGAAAGGGAGAAGGUGCAAGGAAUGUGCUGAAUAACAUCCAAACUGCAUUACAUCCCUGUCCCAUUCCUGAAAGCUCACAUCUAGUUGGAGCGUCAGUUCCUCUCCUUAGAUAUCAUUGUUCUCACUCUUCUAUCAUAGGCACCUUCUUUACAUCUGAUUACAAUAUCCAGCAUUUCAGAACUGGGUUUUUGCCCCCAAAAAGGUAAAUAUGAACAUUUAUCACUGACUCCUCCUGGUCCAGUGAGCAGCAGCAGAAUUCAAGUAUUUAAAAAUAAGGUGCAUUUCUAACUUGUAGGCUAUGCCUUUUUUUCCAAACCAAUGGGCUAGAGUGAAUUUCCUCCAGGCUGUCUUACUGCUAGCUCUUCUAACAGGGGAAGUCUGCAUAAAUGCAUCACCCCCUAAUAACGCAAGAGGAAGGACCCUGAAAUGUGGCCAGAAACGAUUACUGUGUAACCAGGACAUCAACAUUUACAUUAUAUUGUAUUAACAUCAUCACACUCUGCUCAACACACAGAACAACAUAGAUACUUCAGUUCAUCUAAAGUAAAAAUCCACGUAAAUCACAGAUUUCUUUGUUGACACCAGUGUGUUGUUUACCUUGUGCCCAUGGUCCGGAUUUUGAGCUGGAGAAGGACUAUGGCUGUUCCUUAAAGUCUCUGCCCUGGCAGAAUCUGUAGCCUUCAGGAUACCCCGAGUGCCUUACAGGGCUUGUGAACACCGACACUAGAAGUCAAAAAGAAGAGUGCCCAAGUGUGGGUUUGGAGGCACUGAUGCAUUCGCCAACACUCACUGUCAUCCCAUCCUUGAAACCCUGAGAGGGAGUGUGUGUUUUAACACAGAGUGGAAUUUAAGUUUAGGCUCAGGAAACUCAUAUUCUGAAUAUAGGUAUCAAAUCAUAUAUUUGUUUACUGUAUAUUUUUUAAAAAGCUUUAUUGUAAAUUUAUGCAAAAACUAACUGGGCCUGUUUUUUUAUGGCAGCAUGCCAAGCAGUGUGUGUAUUCUCCCAGGCACUCCCUUCUUAGUCACCCUCUAACCACGUGACAUUCUGUUCAGUGCUAAUCAGUAUUCACAGGCCUAACGUAGGUUUGUAUGGUGAUCUACAAGAUUUUACAAAUAUUUUUGUAUUGUGAUUCCUAUGAUAUAUACCGGAGAAUUUUUACUCAUUUGUAAAUUAUUGUACAGUUUUAAUAAAAAAUGUUUUAAAUCUUA